GGUGGUAUGACCGCGAUGACCCAUCUGGAAAUGGAGACUAUGAAACCCUGCAGCAACUGAGACAAGAAUAUCCUGGUGAAAUCUGCCUCUCUCCUUUAGCGUUAGAGGCGAUGACGCUGGACUGGACUCCUGCCGAUCAGACUGGGACAGGUCACCGUGAAUAGCACAACAGUCGGGUUUUAUUGCGUGAACAUUAGGCAAGUGGACAACGAAUGCCUGGACUACCAAGUCCGUUUCCUCUGCCAGGCAACCGAGUCGCCACAACUAAACUGCACGUCUCAAUAUCCUCGAGCUGAAGAUCCCACUGGAAAAACUGAGCUCACUCAACCUCUCACCGUUGGACGUCCACCUGGAGGACGCCUCGUGUCGUGGCUUCUUCACGCAGCAGUACCUGAUCCUGCACAGUGACCUGCAGUCCUGUGGCACCACGGCCGAGGUAUGCCGACCGGGACCCCGCGAUCUGAGAACUCCACACACACACACCUGAGUGUGAGGGAUGGAGGGGGCACGUGUGCUCUAUGUUGUUCUCCCUCUCCCCAAGGCCCACGGCGACACCAUCGUGUACUCGAACACGGCGUAUGGCUUCGUGUCGGGAACCACAGCCAAGAAACUGCGCAUCCCCAUUCACUGCUCCAUCGAUUCACAAGGGAAUGUCGUAGCGAGCUACUUGCCCAGAGUGCAUGACAAGUACAGCUCGGGCACCUUUGACCUGAGCAUGGUGCUCUACAUGGACCAGAGCUUCAGUCAGCCUAUCUACUCGUACCCAUUCGAGGUGGACCUCGGAGCCCCGAUCUACGCGGAGGUGCUUCUCAACUCCCCCACCAACGACCUGCUGCUGUUUUUGGAGACGUGCAGAGCCUCCCCCUUUACCGGUGCCGACGACAGCGACUCCUACUUCAUCAUUAGAAAUGGAUGUCAAGAGGAACCAUCCUACGUCAACUACUUCAGUGGCGACAACAAGAGGCAGCAUUUCAGCUUCCAGAGUGUGGAGUUCUCCAAUGGCUUCCAGGUCUACCUGGAGUGCUCUGUACACAUUUGUCACAUUUCCAACCGGAACUCGACAUGCCAGCGAGGGUGCGUGCGCGCCAAGCGGUCCGUGCGUGACCUCGUCAGCCGGGAGAAGCGUGCCGAGCACAACGUGGACCUGUCUCAGGGCCCCCUGCGGCUCCGCAAGUCAAGGCAGGCUUCUGGGGUGCUGAGCUCGCUGGCGGGCAUGGUGUACGCCUUGGCCGCCGCCCUGGCCAUCGCUGCCGUGUGCGUGGCCGCGGUGAACGUUUACCGCCACCGUGUCGCAGGGCCCGAGUAUCACCACGUCGUCACCAACGAUGAAUUCGCUACGUGAUGGACACGCUUUUUACACUUUACUACUUGCCAUCGCUACAUAGCCUCUUGCAUGAAUCGCUUAUGGAUUGUGUAAGUGAUUGAGUUUGUUUUAAAAGGGCUUUUACAAGGCUAAGGUGAAUUUUUCUUUAUCGGAACCGUGAGAUUAAUCAGCAAUGUGGAUACUGCAUGUGCUUUAUAUAUUUUUUAUGAACUGCAGUAAUGUUGAAAUUCGUUAAUUGAAUUAUUUACUUGUCGAAUAUCUUCAUACAGAAUAGAUACUGCAUUUUUAAAUGAAGACUAUUACAAUAGUUUACAUAUUUGGCACACGCAAUGAAGACGAUCUGUAUGCUCUUUGGUUCUUUCGGUAAAGUCACGUAGGGUAGAAACAAAAAUCACGACGUUUCGAUCGCAACACAAGCAACCGUCAUCAGUCAGAAAGGCACAGCAGCAGUUCUGUCUUUUUGCCUGAUGACAUCCACCCUAUGUCCUUCCUUGUUGAAGAGAUACGUAGAUGACACUUUCCUCAUUUGGCCACAUGGCCUGCAAGCAUUGAACCAAUUUCUCAACCACAUUAAUUCCAUGCACCCAUCCAUCAAAUUCACCAUGGAAGUGGAGAAGGAUGGUAAGCUACCAUUCCUGGAUGUUUUGUUUGAGAACAGACUUGACGGCUCGUUGGGACACUCUGUCUACAGGAAAUCCACCCACAUAAAUUCCUAUCUGAAAUCUGAUUCCCACCACCACCCGGCACAGAACAAUUCCCUCAUCAAAACACUACACCAUAGGGCCCACUACAUUUCUGAGCAACACCACCGAGCCAGUGAACUGGAACACGUACACCAGGCACUCAAGAUGAAUUGGUACUCGGAUCGCAUUAUUCGCAAAGCUGUUACUCCAACCAUGGAGAAACAGCCCUCUGAGAUGCCAAUCAAUACCAUCACGUUACCCUAUAUAGCAGGUGUUACCAAAAAUAUUUCCAAAAUCUUAAACGUACACAAGAUCCAGGUCCGAUUCAAUACAGUACACAAAAUCCGUGAUCUAACCCCAUCUGUGAAGGAUGUCAUUCCUGACAUGCAAUAUCCUGGAGUCUACAAAAUAAAUUGCACCUGUGGUGUGGCUGUUACAUUGGAGAAACGAAACGCCAUAUCUCGGACCGUGUUCGCGAACACAAAGCAGAUCUGAAACACGGCAGAACCAAUACCUCUGCCGUAGCUGACCAUUGUUAUAACGUUGUGGGCUCACAUCAUAUUGUUUUUUCCGAGACCGAGGUACUCUGCAAACAUUCGGGCUACUAUCAAAGGUUUGUUCAUGAAGCCAUCCAGAUAUAUAAACAUAGACAUAACUUCAACUGAGAAGAUGGAUACAAUUUGAGCAAUCAUUGUAAAUAUGUUUUAAACCAGGUAAAACCCUAACUGGUUUGUAUUGGUUGUCGUCUAUCAUAUCUGCCGGAUACUACUACACCACGCAGCGCUCGCCCUCCCCCUACCCCACGCCCCCACCCCUCCCUCUCCCCCCUUGCUCCUCCCCCUUUCUUACCUAUAUAACCUCUUACCACGGCAACUCUCUCUCCCACUUCGGCAAAAAAAAAUAUUGCUCUGGUUUUCCCACCUGAUGAUGAUUACUUGUGUUGCAAUCGAAACGUCGUGAUUUAAUUAAUUUUAUUUUAUAUCUACGUGACUUUACCGAAAGAACCAAAGAGUAUGGUUUCCUGCAGUCACGAAAACUUCAAUUCAAGACGAUCUAUAUGCUUUGAGAAUGAGAUCAUUAGUAUAAUUUAUGUGACUUUUGACUUCCAGGGCCUGAUUAAUACAUUUCUCACGUUUGUUAAAAACCUUAACUCAUUCCCGCAAACAUUUACUGUUUUCCUUCGUAGGAGCACAAUUGUGUAUUUGCAAAAAUCUAUCAAUGAUAAGAUGUUUUGCGUAAAAAUUGUCGAAGUCACAUUGCUGCUUCUGGUCAACGAAUUAUAUGAUGUAAUACUUUAUAACAUGAACCGGUAUAGCCAAAUGCAAAUGGAAUCGCAAAUGCAUUUUUGUAUGCUGACUUCAAAAUUUAAGGGCACCAUGGUCUUAUUUUUAAUGGUUGUUAUAAUGACUCAUUGAAAGACAA